AUGGUCACAAUCGAUCGAGCAUCGGGCGUCAGUAAAGCGAGUGGUGACUGUAACGGAGGAGCCGCGUUGAGGAGGCAGCAGCUCGCUGCCAGGUGGUUGGAGCUCUGCGCGGUCGCCGCUGGCGCGGGGAAGGAUUUUGCGCCCGGUGAACGCGCGCAAGCGCAGGCGCAAGCUAAGCGGAAGGCGGCCGCUGGUUUGAAGGGAGCGUGGGACGCGGAAAAGAACGAUGCGCUUUUUGAGGUCCUGUCGCGGAUGCUGUUGGCGCUACGGAUGGACGAAAUCCUGGCGAAUGUGGUAACCGGAACUGUUGACGAGGAGGAAGAAGCAGCGGCGAGCGCUGGGGCAAGCGGUAAGCGAGCGGAAGACGAAUUGGUGAAGCGAUGGCGCAGGCGCGCGAGUGACGGGGCGGGAACGCGAGGAGCGCUGGUGCUGGCGGUGAAGCUGAGCGGAACAGACGCGAGCCGCUGGGUUCUGCGGAUGGCGGGCGGCGCGGAUGCGCACGUGCGACGCGUGGCUGCUGGAGUCAUUGAUCGGAUUCUGUGGGAUGUCGAAACGGGCCGAGUGCAGAACGAACUCGAGAAAGAAUGCGCCCGACUGGAUUCGAACCCGCGACUCGGUGGACUCAGCGGGCCUAGAGGUCUCGCUGAAAUUUCGUCGAUUUUGUCAUUACCCGAUCCGCUUUCCAGCUCUUUGCCGAAAUCGCCGCUUUCUUUGUCGUCUAGCGAGAGCGACAGCAGCGGAAGCGACGGGGAGGGUGAAGAGAAAGGCGGAAGGGCGGGCAAAAAAAGGCAAAGUUCCAUCCCCGUUAGUAGCUCGGACGUGCUUAUAUCGAGAGUCGCUGGUGCUUUGGUUGCGUCUCUUAGUGCUGCUGCUGCCCUUCCUGCAGCCGCGAAUGCUAUAGCCGGCGCUGGGGGCGGAAGCAAAGCCCCUGCGGGCGGAAACAUCUCAAGCGGAAAUACUAUAGGCGGAGGACUCUCCCCCGAAUUGCGGAGCUUAUCGCUGCCGACUGGAGUUGACCCACGGCAACUGCUUCCUACGUCAUCGUCCACGUCAUCGCCGCGGCCUUCCACGUCAGGCGGGUCCACUGCUUCUUCCGGCAGUAAUGCCGCCCCCGCGCAAGGGGGGACCACUGCGGAAGGGGAGGACGAGGGGAGGAGCGCGAGCAACAGCAGCCGCGCGAGCAGCACCGAGAGCACCGCCGCGAGCAAACCAAAGGAUGGCGCAGGAUCCGCGCGGAAGAGCGGAGAGGGGGGAUUCGGAGUAGGGAGCACUGUGCUGGGACUUACGUCACCGCGCGCACCAGCGGAGAAAUCUGAGCAAAUCCCGCAGCAAAUCACGAGCAGAACGGUUCCCGUUUCUUCUCGGCUUUACAGCUCGGUUCCUUGCUCCCCAGCCCACCACGCGGGGGGAGGUUCGGGGGGAACGGUGGGGGGAGCGGCGCGGGGAGCGCGGUCAGGCAGAGGGGUUCUGGACGCCGAAGCGGCAGCGGCUCGGCUGCAAGCGAUCGCUGCUGCAGCUGCCGAAGCUGGCUCCGACUCACGUUCGGAAAGGGGAAGGUCAGCUGCGCUAGGUUCGGCAACAGCUCCGGCUGGGGGCAGGGCAGGCAGGGAUAAUGCUAUGAGGGCAGGUAAGGCAGGGGGGGAGAAGGGAGCGAAGAGGGGUGGAGUUAAGAGCACCAUGCGACAAAAGGCAUUCUUUGGUGCUGGGGUGGUGUGGAGUGUGGAGGAGGGAGGAUUGGAGGAGGCAGAGAGGGGGAAGGAUGACAGUGGUGAAAGUGAUGAGAGUGAUUCUCGGGAGGGUGAGUAUGACGAGGGGUCGAGCUCAGAAGAGGACAAGGACGACAACACGCUGGGCUUCUCAAGAAAAUACAAUACAUCUGCGUCUUCAUCUGCCUCUGCCUGCGCCUCUCCUUUCAACUCUGGCAAUCCCAGUGCAGCCUACGCCCCCUCCCCUGCCCACUCAGCCCUCUCUCGCCCGUCCCCUUCUCGAUCCACCUUCUCCUCCUCCCCAGCCCAUGCCUCCUCUGUUAAUUCACCUGCCCGGGCUGCCUUUUCUUCCUCGCCUGCCCGGGGUGCGUUCCCUUCAACUGCUAUUGCCAGAAGCGCCUCCUCAGGCACUGCCUCUCCUGCUGCUUCUGCUGCAGUGGCCCUCAGGAGUGUGAUGAAAGGAUCGAUCACGAACCCUCACAGCAGAGGGACGGUGCUGCGUCGGAGUCCCAGCGAGAGCGGGAGCAGUCGCGGUGAUGGUGUUGGUGACAGUGGGGAGAUGGCUAUUGGGAGCACGAGUGGGGGAGGGGAUGGUGGGGCAAUGGUUCGAGCCAGCAGCAGCAGCAGCAGCAGCAAUGCCAGCACAGGCAGCAGUGGUGGUGGUGACGGUGUGAGGGGAGGCCGGCGCAGAUCGUCUAAAGUGACCUUCGCCAAGUGUGGGGAGAUAGAGGAGGAAGCAGCAGAGGAGGCGGAAUUCGAGGAGGAUGAUGAUAAUAUUGAGGCCGACCUUAACGCGGCUGUCAUGGACAUCAAGGGCGCCGAAGACAGCGAGGAGGAUGCAGAUGAUGACGAGGAUGAUAUUGACGAGGACGUGGAGGCAGAUAUGCAGCUAUCGGGCCUUGCUGCUAAAAUGGAGAAACAGGCGAAGUACAUGAGAAUGAAGCUUGGGGGAGUGAAGGAGGAUGAGGAGGACGAGGAGGAGGGUGAUGAGGAUGAUGAGGAGGAUGGAGAGGGGGCGCUCUGGGGGCAGAAGAAACGGCAGUAUUACAGCGCGGAUAAUGUGGAUUACGAGUUGCAUAUGGACGGCGAGACGGGGGCGCAGGAGGAGGAGGAGGAGGCACUUCGGCUGCAGCAGCAGAUCGCGUCUGGAUUGAGGGUGGAGGAUUAUGAGGAGGAGGGGGAAGAGGGGGAGGAGGGAGAGGAGGAGGAAGGGGAGGAGGGAGAGGAGACGAUGUUAGAAAAGGUGGAGAAGGAGGGGCGGAAGAAGGGUGAUAAGGGGAGUGAUGAUCGGAGUGGUAAGGGCGAUAAGGGGAGUGAUAAGGCGUUGGAGAGAAAGGGGAGGGGGGCCGCUGUGGUGGAACGGGUGGUGAAGGAUACGAGCCUGCUGACCAAGGAGGAGCAGAUGGCGGCUUUGAUGAGCGAUGCCCCAGAGCUGGUGGGUCUGCUCUCAGACCUCAAGACAACUCUUAAGGAGCUCAACACCAAAGUGCUGCCGCUGCUGCAACAGGUGCGGGAGGGAGAGUAUGCAACAGAGAAUGGAGUAUCCUAUUUGGAGGCAAAGCACGGUCUGCUGCUGCACUACUGCUGCUGUCUGCUCUUCUUCCUGCUGCUCAGGGCGGAGGGCAAGCCAGUCAGGGACCACCCCGUGGUCUCCCGCCUCGUUGAGCUUCGGCUGUUCCUGGAGAAGAUCCGCCCUAUUGACAAGAAGCUGCAGUAUCAGAUCGAGAAGCUUCUCAAGCUGGCCUCGUCGGCCAAUCGCAGCGCGACACCUGGCAAGCAGUCCGCAGCAGCAGCAGAGGCCGGGGCGGGAGGGUCACUAGACGACCUGAAGCACCGCCCGAACCCGAACCUCCUAGUGUCGAAACUGGGGGGAAGUGGGGCCGAUGGGAGUGCUGGUGCUGGGUUUGGGGGAGAGGAUGGGGGCUUUGCUGCUGGGGCGGACGGUGGUGGUGCUGGUGGGAUUUACAAGCCGCCUAAGAUUGCCCCGAUGGCCAUGGAUGGGGAGAAGGAGGGGGGGAAGAAGGGUGGAGAGGUGGGGGCGCGGCGGGAGGAGAGGGAGAUGAGGGAGGCGAGGAGGCGCGCUGCCAGGAGCGCGUUUGUGAAGGAACUGGCAGAAGACGUGGAGGGACGACCGCGGGAGAUGAGAGUGGAGGGAGCGUCGACUAUGAUGGUUGAGGGCAAGGAGAUGGAGAGGGAGGUGGAGCGGCUGAGGGAGAGGGCUGCAGCGGAGGAGAGGAUGUUCUCCCGCGUGCCUCUCAAUCGCGGGGAGAAGCAGCGACUCAAGGCACUCAAGCGGAGCCAGAACAUGCUGGCUGGUAUGCUGGAUGAUUUCGACGAUGAUAUCGCUGGCAUCAUGGCAGCAGGGGAGGAGGGGGGCGCACAACCCGGCCUCGCAACAGCAGCAGGAGCAGGAACAGGAGGGAUUGGAGGGUUGACGAGUGCUGGUAUGCUGGAGUCGCUGCUGCGGCCGCGCAAGCUGUCAGAGGCGAUUCAUGAGGCGGGCAAGAUGACUUCCCUCAGGGGAGCACAGGGCAGCAAGGUGAUAUCCGGAGACGCUGAUCUCCCAUUGAAGCCGGACCUGGGUGAGCGCCGCCGAGCCUACGAGGCAGGUGUGGUGGCAAAGCAGGUUCGGAAGCGAGGCUUGGAGGACCUAGGGUUCGAUCAAGGAGACGAGGACGAGGGUGGGGAUGGAGAGGGAGGGGAGGAGGACGAGUUUUACGCUGAGGCUCGGAAAAUGCAGGAGGCUCGGCGGUCCGCCAAGGCUGCCAAAUACUCUUCCUCUGGCCUUAUUCCUGAAGCCGAGCCAUCGGUGGACGAGGAUGGUCGCCGGCAAAUCACCAACCAGAUUGAAAGGAAUCGCGGCCUGAAAGCACACCGCAACAAGGCGGUCAAGAACCCUCGCAAGAAGUACAAGGUAUGCAAAUGCUAG